UAAUUCUCAACUAUUGUUCUAGUUUCACGAGUAAACAGCAUGGCUUUUCGUUCACAAUUAUAUCAUCCUAAACUCAGGCAUUUACUUCUUCCAAGCGCUUUAUUUGUUUGUGGCUUCAUUAUUUUUAUUUGUGGAUUGGUGAGAACCUUUCAUGUUGGAGAAAAAAUGCCAAGAAAUGCCCACGAAAGAAACACUGUUCAAGCAGGAAAUGAAUAUGUUGAAUGGUGGAAUGCCUUUCCUCUGAUGCUUAGUGCUGCGUUAGGAAUCGUUGCUGUAUUGUAUGAAAAACCGUUAGUUUUCAAAAUCGCUCUUGUUUCAAUUGCUGUAUGUUUUGUGCUGUCAAUAUUCUCGUUGAUGCUGGACUCUGCUGAAUUUUCUUGGUUAUCUCGAAACGUACAACGCAUGAAGUUCUUGAAAAUGGAAGGAUUUGACUGCAAGGAUUCUACCUCGACGUAUGAUAAUAGUUAUGAUACAGGAUGUAAAUGUACAAAAGACGAUAAAAAAGGUUCGACCUCUAAAUAUCUUAGUUGGACUUCUUGUAAAGUAAUGAUGGCUCAGUAUUAUGUCUACUUCAUGAUUGUGUUCUUUACAUCGUGUUCCUGUGGUCUCUGUUUGUUCACGCUUGUCUCUUUUGUUCUCAAGCUUAAGUCGAUUUCACAGAUCAAAAAUACAAAUGCAGGGAGCGUGGAUGAGACUCCAUUGAACGACAACUUUGAUAAUCUUCAUGGUAGUCACGUCACAUCGUAAUUUCUUCAAUUAGAUUAAACGAUAACUCAGUUCUUUCAUAUUUAACUUUACAAUGUCAAGAAAAAUGUGUAACAUGCACUGUCAAAAAUAUGAAGAUUUUGAUUCAUGUCA